UUUCUUUUAUACAGUGUUUGAAAAAAGCAGUACUACUCGUCGGCCAGUAACUCCUAUCACAUCUGAUGAUGAUGACGACGCUGCGGAAGCAGGUCCAUCAAAAGAAGUAUGGAGCAGCAGAAGUGGCACUUCUGAAAGACAUCACCACAAAAAACCUGUGGCCGAAAAGAAAGCAAGGUCGUAUGUCCCAGCCCAAACACAGCAGGCUACCCCGCCACGAAGAUUAUUGUCCGUAUGUUCUGUCCCCCCACUCCAAAUUUUGGACACACCUCCAAGACGUCAUCCACACUCCCCUCAUCUUGAUUCUUCUAGUCCUGGGAACAGCAUCCCUCCGCAACAACAGCAACACAGUGACAUGGAGGAGACAAACAUCUUAGAAAUGCAGCCAUUAAUGCAAGGAAUGAGCCCCCCAGCACCUGUGAGUACACCACCACAGCAAAGCACACCACCACCACAACACAGCCCAACAACACCAGGAACACAAGGCCAUGAUCAGGUGUUUUGGACCAUUUGGGCUAGACAGCAGGCCACUAAUGUAGAUUGCCUGCGUAAGCAGACACAAAUGUUUGCAAGCCUACCAUCUCACCUCAGAAGAAUAUCAAGAAAUCUGAGUAGACAAAAUGAACAAACAACCAGAAUAGGCAAUACCAUGGAACUCAUGCAUACAGACAUUACACAGGUCAUGGGCAACUUACAGCGCAUAAUGGAAGAACAGCACAGACAACAGCAAAGUUAUAUGAGCAUUUUUCAAAACAAUCAAAAGAUUAAUGAAAGUUUAUUCCGAAUAGUAGACAAUCAAAAUGCUGCUACACGUGAACUCAAUGCCACCCUCACUAACCUAAAUGAAACACUCAGAUGCAUGCACCAACAGCAAACAAGCAGCAGUUCUGGUACGACUACUCCAAAUAUCACGCCAGUCUCAUCACCACCAAGACGCCCCACCAGAGCACGACAACAUGACAGUGCUAAAGGCAAAGGGCAGGACAAGCAGCCACCAAAAAAAACAUGAAAAAAAUACAAGUUAGACAUUUGUGAUAAGUAACUCAAAAUAGUUAGUAAGUGUAUUUUUGGCAAAAUUAUAUAACACUUAGCUCCUUGACACUUUUUUCAACAUCAUUAAUUAUAAGUGCUACAAACAAAAACAAAAAAUUUGUACGCACAUUUAUUCUUUACCAUUUUUUUUGGGUAUUGGAGGAGGGAAAUGUUGAUGGAGCCACACAUACAUGUUAGCAGGAAGUAAACUGACCACUUGAUUUUUUUCUAAUCAUUACUCUUUCUAGAUUCCAAUCAUUCUCUUUUCCUGCAGACACAAUAAUUGGCAGCCAGGCAGAAUGUCAUUAGCAGGAAGUAAACUGACCACUUGAUUUUUUUCUAAUCAUUACUCUUUCUAGAUUCCAAUCAUUCUCUUUUCCUGCAGACACAAUAAUUGGCAGCCAGGCAGAAUGUCUUUAGCAGGAAGUAAACUGACCACUUGAUUUUUUUCUAAUCAUUACUCUUUCUAGAUUCCAAUCAUUAUCUUUUCCUGCAGACAAUCCAAAUUACAAUGUUAUUGAUACAUAUUUUAGCUUUCUUCUCUAUACAACAUUACAAGAAGAACACAAUUGAGUUGCGUAAAAAGCUUGUAAUAUGUUGGCUUUGUUUUGUUUUAAAAACAUUGACAAAAUGAAUGUCAGUAUUGUUGGGACAUGUUUGUGUGUGUUAAAAAUUAGUAAGAAUGUUUUUACACAUGAUGCUGAAACAAACAAAUAUGUACUUUUACAUAAAAAAAUCAAAGAAUGUGUAUAAUAAUGUACAUGUGUGGCAAACUGUGUAUUUAUAUAUAUACAUACAUCAAGUUUACAGCAUCAAACAUUAGGAAAUAAAUUAUUCCUGAUUACAGUAAGUUUGUGUGUCUUAAAUAUGAUGGUGCAUCAC